GCUCAUCAGUUGGCUUCUUUUCUUUUUUUUCUCUUCAACUCGUUGAGAGUUUGCUCUUAUUGAAUUGGUGUCUCCCACCCGACACUGAAGAACGGAAGGAGGGAGAAAGCACACAAACUCCUUGGUGAAUAGGAAGGGUUUCUGUCGUACGCAUUGAAAACACACACAAACACACACACACGUUUGCCCAAACGCCAGCGAACCCGUUGCUACAGCUCAUCUCAUUCUCUUGAAAUAAAUAUUGAUAUCUUCUCGAACAUUCGAGGCAGUGAACCAGUAAUCUCCGCUAAACAGCAACAACGAAUUGUACGAGUUAUUUAGCUAUACAUAUCUCUCUCCCUUUCUUUCAGCCAUGCCGGUGGCAUCGAAGCUUGCAUCGGGGCGAAACCUGGGCUUCUACGCCGCCCAGCUGCUCUGUGCAGCAGCGGCGUUGCGAAUUAUGAGCGAUCUCAUACAGCGCCGAAAGUCAGGUGCCACCCCAAAGCGGCGGUCGAGGCACUCCUCGCCUAGCCGCACCAGCGGCAGUGAUGAAGGCGAGGAGCCCAUCAAGCUAGACCGCGUCUUUUGGCGUCGCUUCUGCUCCCUGCUCGGCCUGACCUUCCCUAGGCUUGUCACCUUCGAGUCUGGCGGCGCCAUGCUGCUCGUUGUGCUCUUCUACCUGCGCACCCAGCUGACACUGCUCUUUGCCGCUGCUGUGGGCCGCAAUGGACGUUUUUUGGUGGAAGGCAAGAUCAAGUUGUUUCUCUUUAGUGUGGCGGACAUUGGGCUGUUGGCCAUUCCGGGAACUGUGCUGCAGAUUGGUGUGCAGUAUAUCAAGAUGAUGGUGCAGCAGCGCAUGCGGGACAACCUGCAGGCGGCGCUGAACAAGGAGUACCUGCAGGGGAAUACGGUGUACAUGAUCGCCACACAGAGCUCCAUCAUCGACAACCCAGAUCACCGGAUGGUGCAGGACGCGAACCAGUUCUGCAAAAGCGUAGCCCAUCUCUUUCGUGCCCUCUUCAAGCCAAUCCUAGACGUCGUGACGCUCUCCCUCGAGCUCGCCAAGCAUGGCGGCUUCGCCGCCCCGGGUUUCUUGAUGUCCUACUACUUUCUCGUCGCCACCGGCAUGGCGGUGCUGCUGCCCAACUUUGCGCAACUCGUCGCGGUUAGUCAGCAAAAGGAGGGCAACCUGCGGACGAAGCAGUAUCAGCUGAUCAACCACGCUGAGGAGAUUGCCUUCUACAACGGCGAGGACAUCGAGCGGGAGCAGACCGGCCGCCUGCUGCGCUCUCUCAUCCGCCACGAGUACAAGAUCAAGCGAUUCAAGUUUAUGAGUGGGUUCUCCGAUAACCUGCUCAUUAAGUACGGAGCGAGCCUGGUCGGCUACCUGGUAUGCAGCCUUGUCGCCUAUGAUCAGCGCAACUUGAUGUCCAAGGGCGAACUGACGCAGAUGUUCCUGCAGAACGUGCAGCUCUACGUCCCCUUCUCUGGCGCACUGGGCCGCAUGCUGCUCAUCCACAAGCGUGUCGGCGCGCUGUGCGGCAGCGUCCACCGCCUCGGUGAGCUGCGCGAGAAGCUCGAUCGCAUCAACGCCAUGAACGCACGCAACGCACUUGCGAACGUCCGCUACGCGGAGAGCGUCGUGGCGUGGUCGAACAUCGAAAUUAUUUCCCCCGCCGGCAUUUGCAUUGUGCGUGACUUCAGCCUCACCGUGGUGCCUGGGAAGCACACGCUGAUCAUGGGCAGCAACGGCUCCGGCAAGUCGUCGCUGCUGCGCGUGCUCAGCGGUCUCUGGCUGCCUGCGAAGGGCAUCGUUACAAUUCCCUCCGGGACUAACGCCCUCAUGUGCUUGCCACAGCGCACCUACCUUCCAUCCGGCUCGCUGCGUGCGUUACUCACCUAUCCCAGCGCGGUGGAGGACGCCGCGAGGGAGUCGCCGGAGACGGCGUUUGUGUCAGACGAGGUCAUCAUCGACGCGGCGCACUCCUUCGGUCUAGGAGGGAUGAUGGAGCGAGAGGGCGGCCUGGAUGCGUCGAAAAAUUGGGAGCAGGUGCUCUCUGGCGGCGAGCGACAGCGUGUGGCGCUCGUGCGAGUGCUGCUGCACCGCCCUUUGUUUGCCUUCUUGGAUGAGUGCACCAGCGCCAUCUCGCAGGACGACGAGCCUUACUUUUAUGACCUGCUGCAGAAGGCCGGCGUGACGGUGAUUACCGUGUCGCAUCGCGAGACCUUGCGCAAGCUGCACCGUGCAGUUGUGCUCCUUGACGGCGAAGGUGGGUACUCCGUGAGCGAAGCGCAAUGA